UUUAAGUACAAUUAACUAUAGUUAAAAAUGAAUUUUAUAAAGUGUUUGCGAAAGGGGAGAAGGCAUUGACAAUCUCUAAAUGAUAAGAGAACACGGAGGGAGUUGUUUACGACCGAGAAAAUGCGAAAUUUCUGUCACACAAUAAUGAAAGGUAGAAAGCUAAGUAGCAUAAUGAAACAUUAAUCAUAAUUCUUCGUAUUGGUUGUGCAUGCUCCCUUCGUCGCGGAAACGUUGAAAAAUAUCUCUACGCAGUGCGACAAUUAUUAGCCAUUUCAUUAAUCCUUUAAUUGAUGAAUAUCUAAGCAUAAAUAAUAUAUGAAGUAAAAAGGAAAAAAAUUAAACAGUGAAGCAGUGUCUUAAAAAUAAUAAAUUAGAAGCAAUAAAUUAAACAUAAAAAUGGGAAAGCUGUUGAGUUUAUUGUCGCGUGAUGAUUCAAACUGCUGUGCUGCAAAAUCCUACGACGUGUUCUUAGAUUUUGAGAAUGCCGCACCAACAGACACAGAACGCGAGGUUUUCGAAGAAGUUGAACGUGUGCUAAAGGAAUCAGAGAUCGUGCUACAGGAAAUUCAUGUAUAUAAGGGGGCUGGGAAAGAAAUACGUGAGGCUAUUGCUGACCCUUCGCCCAAAUGUCAGGAAAAAGCAUGGGAUGCUGUUUUGCCUUUGGUGAAGAAGUUGAGACGUUGCUACGAACAUUCACUAGAGCUGGAAAAAAUAGUUCCAAAAUUAUUGGGUCAAUUGGUUGGGGGCAAACUGAAUCCCACUCAACAUCUGGAGACACAACAAGCGUUGGUGAAACAGCUUGCUGAAAUUUUGGAAUUCGUACUAAAAUUCGAUGAAUACAAGAUGAAGACACCCGCUAUACAAAAUGAUUUCAGUUAUUAUAGACGCAUUGUCACUCGGCAACGUAUAGACCAGACGAAUUAUUCAUUAGUGAGUACAGAAUUGGCUAACCGUAUGUCUUUGUUCUAUGCUCACGCUACACCCAUGCUGAAAGUGCUUAGUGAGGCAACAUCGAAAUUUGUUCACGAUAACGCCAAUGAUGUCGAGAAUACGACGGAGACUCUCGGAACUAUGGCGAAAGUUUGUUUAAGAAUGCUUGAAAACCCCAAACUGCUGCAGCAAAUAGAGCGAGAGGAAACGCAUCUACUAGUGCUGCGAGUAAUGGUUGGCCUUGUAAUUUUGUAUGAUCAUGUUCAUCCUGUUGGAGCAUUCGCAAGGGGCUCACAUGUAGAUGUUAAAGGUUGUGUACGACUACUGCAGGCCCAACCGGCCAUAAAAGCAGAACCUUUGUUAAACGCUUUGCGUUACACGACAAAACAUCUCAAUGAGGAAAACACACCGAAGAAUAUACGUAAUUUAUUGGCAGCAUAAUAAUAAAAGCAGAGAAGCGCAUAUGCGCAGCAGCCAACUGCCAUACACCCUGCUACUCUUUUCAAUCACAGUCACUAUCAUAACCGACAUCCAAAAUAUUUACCACAAGAAACAAUAAUUAUAAUACCAUGGCAAAUGUUUUUAUAUAUUAGUCUACAAAACAAAAUUAUAAAAGUAUUCCAUGCAUCUACAUACAGUUUUGUAAAUUAAAUUAAGUAUAAUCGAAGGAUAUAUCUAUAGUACAUUUGUG